AAACAUUCAAGAGUGAGUAAUUCAGUUUUUCAGUUUUCAGUCGACUUAUUUUGCGAAAACGUACAAAAAAUAGUGUGAACGAUAAGAACGCGCGAUGAUUGUUAAAGUGAAAUAAAAAAUUAAGGUUAAAAAAAGUUGUGCGCGUGUACAGUUUUAAAACGUCUGGAUGUUAAAACUUGUAAAAGUGUUAACGAGUGAUGAAGAUAUGAAAAGUGAUUUUUUGAUCAUUAAUGUUUCGUUAGUUAUGAAAACUGACAGGUGUUUUGAGCAUUUUGAACAAAUGAUGGACUCUCGUGAAAACUAAACUAAUCCAAAUGCAAAUAAACAUUCCAGUGGAAGACAUUUUACAUUCGAGAAUUGUUUAGAUCAGAAUAAGUUUUUUGAAUAAACAGGCGAUAUGUCACUGCCAUUGGGUGCCAGCAAGCAAAAUAAUCAAAAAUCGUCAGUCCAGUCAGUAUUUUUAUAAUAUCCAAUAGAAUUUGAAAGAAAAAACAAACAUGUCGCGACCGAUGAAUAUGCUAAGGACAAGGAGGAAGGACAACAACGUCAAACCUAAUAGAAGGUUGGACCGGAAAUCUUCCCGAGGGAUGAUAUACGAAAAUGAGGAACUCCGAUUAAAAACGAUAAACAUAAAUGCCGAAGUAGAAAGCAGAGUGUCCGAUAUAAAGAAACUCAAGAAAGAGAACGAAAUGUUAAAGAAAGGCCUUUGGUAUCUACGAGACGAAUACGACAAACUAGAGAAAUUAAUCAAAGACAAAAAACUCGACUUUUCUUCAUCAUCGACGACCGGAUCUACUUCUAGUGAUUCGGAAAGCUACAGCUCUUAUAGCGAAGACGGAGAAGAAGUAGAAACCACUCAAAACAUGAAGAACGUACAAAGAACCAAUUUGAAAAACCUCCAAGACCAAUUCGAUCACCUAUCAGUCGUGACAGAAGAAACCAGUGCCGAUAACUCAGAACUAAAUUCCAAUAGAGUAUCCCUAAACAAGGAUAAUUGGAGUAUCUGCGAUGAUAUUCUUAAACCGGACCAAAGUUAUCCAGAAUUUAUCACCCUAGCCAAAUCCCCUACUUUACCGAUGGCCGAUAACGUUCCAGUAAACUUCUUCGGUCCGAUUAAAACCUCUAAAAGCUUCGACGGUCAACAACCGAUAGAAAAUCCUAACGAAAUAAUAUUUCCCGAGGAUUUCUAUAACAACCAGCAGUUCAGGAGUUCCACGGGGAACAUGCUUGAUCCCAAUGCGAUGCGCAACGAAAAUUUUAUCAGCCAAAAACUAGUAAAAACCAACGCUAAUAAUUUUUAUCAAAAUAUGGUAUUGGUACCGAAAACCGCUUCGAAUCCUGAAAUCGAGGUAAAGGGAUUGGAGAAAUCGGCUACAGAUUUAAUAGUUAAAAUCGAUAAUCAAAACUUUAGCGACAAGACGAUGGUUUUCAGUAAUACGCCCAGUCAAAGUACGUUUUCCAAUGGUGGGAAUUUGGAAGAAUUGCUCAACGAUAUCGAAUCCAUUUCGCAGAAAGCAGUCCACCUUCAAAACCCUCCUUUCGGCUAUCAUCCCGAAGGAUAUGAGCUCGUGCAAGCAGCGACGGACAGAGGUCACGAUGACAAAGCAUUCAAGAGCGAACUCAAUGUUGUCUUGCUGCCCAAUCCAAUGCCAUUGAUCGGAUUCGACAAAUACAAGAACGUUCAAAGGAGUUUUGAAAACCUGACCACAAAACAACAAGAGGAAAUCCUAACCGCCCAUUUACUCCCCACUAAUCAAUCGGAUUCGCAACACGUUAAUAAAGCUCCGCCAUCGGGACCAGUAACCAUUCCAGAUAUAAAUCAUUUACAAAACCACAACCAGGACGUGGAGACCAAUCCGUUCUUUUUCGGCAACUUCACGGACAAUUACGUCAAUGCCGAACAUUUUAGCAUGAGAUAUAAUCCGGAUUUGUACAAAACGGAGAGCAGCAAUGCCCAAACUGCGGACAUAAAUAACAGAUAUUCCGGGAAUUUACUGAAAAACGAAAACGGCCAUACUCAAGAGGCAGAUAAACUACAAAAAUUCGGAUCAAAAACGAACCUCCUAGAAGUGACAUCUUCAGAACACGUCUCCAGCGAAAACGAAGACAUCCUCAAAUCGAAACCAUCGAAGACAGAAAAAUCCGAAGAAAAACCCGAUUCGAAACCGGAAAAACCCGACGCCAAAACGCCUAAGCUCAGCAUCAGAAAAAAAGUAUCGAUUCACUUUAAAGGAAAAAAGGAAAAAAACAAACUUUCGUACAGUUCCGAUUCGUCCAUUCCGAAAACUCCGAACGAGCGAAGGGGUUCCAUUUUCGACGCUCGUUUUAACGCUAAGACAACGAAUCAAAAGAUUCCCAGCGUCGAUACACAAAAAUCUGUCGUCGAUGGUAAUGCGGAGCCGAAGACGCCAUCGAGUUCGGAUAGCAAAAAUAGCAGCGACAAGAAAUCGGAUAAGAAAGAAUCUGGUAGCGAGAAGAAGUCUAGGAAGAGCGUGUCGGUCAGCCCGGAUAGGAAGCACGUACACGUAAAAGAAGAUGGCCAACAACCGAAAAAACACAAAAAGCACAAAAAACCCGACAAGAAUCGGCAACAGCGGAGAGCGAGCCAGGCUGAUCAACGGGGUGGUGGUGGUGGUGCCCGAGAACGAUCGUUCAGCAUCUGUACGGAUCGUUCCAACAUUUUGGAGCACCGAUUAGGCAACGUGUUCGGUUCCAGCCUCUAUUUCGACGAGUACUCGGAUAGAGAAAGGACAAACAGUUUGAGCAGUUGCGAAACGGCCGAGAACAGAAGGAAAAUGUCCACGCUGCCCAACGUGGCGUUGAGCGGGAAAGUGCCGUGGUGCGGGUGUUGGGGAAACGGGUGUUUGUGAUGAACAUUUUUCUUUAGGUUUAAUUAAUUUCUUAAAUAUUUAUAAACGGUGUAUAGUUUUAUUCAAAGAUAUUUUUUUCCCUCGAAAAUAAUUUUGAAGAAACAGAGGAUUUAGCCAGAAUCGGACUUUAUUAACACUUUAUUGUCACGCUUUAACCAGGCCAGAGAUAACAGAGAUAAAAUAUCAGCCUUCCGAGGAAAACAAUAAAAACCUUUUAACGUUGAAAUUACUUGAUAUAGACUAUUUUCAUGCAUAGAAAAGUUUCAGAUCUUAUAGUUUGCAAUGUAUUUUUAAUGGUAGUUUUUCAGAAAAUAAAAUGGACUACCAAUAAAAUUGUUUUAAUUCGUAAUUUUUUUUAUAUGUCCGGAAGGCUUGCUUAAUUAUAAAAGUGUAAGAUGACACUCGAUAUUUGUUGAUGUUAUUGUUUAAACAACGAAAAAUUAAUUAAGGCAAAAAAUGCAUUUUUUGCAAUGAAUUAAUUUUUUUUAUAUUCUUUAGGAUAUUUCGAAUAAAAAAGUCCUUACGCCCAUUAUCGUAUCUUCAACCCUUUAAUUGUUAUAAAUUUUUUAAAAUCCAAAAUUGACGAAAAUUCUAAUUUUCUUGAAUUUAAUAAUAUACCUUAAAAUUUAAAAUGCUAUAAUUUAAAAUUUUUUACCGAAUAUUCAAACUAUAAUAAACAAAAUAACCUAAAUAAAUUUUCAAAAUUUUGUUUGUUGUUAUGUUUUUUUUUACGUUAUAACAAUAUGCUUUCUACACGCGCGUGUACUUUUAGAGAGAAGUACUUCUAUCUCACUUCCAACUCAAUGUAUAAGAUGGGUAAGAGAAAGCCCGAUGACGCGCUGAAUCAAUUUUUUGCUGUUUUUCGAGGUAAUAAGUUUAAAAAAAAUAUUAUUAACAUUUUUCAUAACACUUUGUUAUAUUUGCCGAUUAAUAGUUUUGUAUUAUGUGAUUUUUUUUACUUUUGUUAACAGAAACAUUUAUUUUUAUUCAUGAAAAUAUUAUUGUCAUAUACUGCCUGAUAAGUAAAAUCUCCUUCAACCUAUUUUUUUCAAUACGAUAAAAAGGCCAAAUGUACUUGUCGUGAUCCGUGAAAAAUUUCUACCUGUUACAAUGAACAUAGUAGGCUUACUGGGGUUAUAAAAUUUUAUGAUUUCAAAAAUAUCCAAGCCUUUCUCCAUUUAAGGUAGUUCACUCGCGACAGUCGUACACAAAAAUAUCGCCCUAUAGUGAAUACCAACCGUUCGAGAUUCUUAAAUCUAAAGAAAGGUUAUUUUUGCAACAGACUGUACACAACACAUGUGAUCCUAUAUACAAAUAUGGUAUUAUAUCGCGUAAAAUCCAUCCGGCAACGUCGUAAAUAUAUUGUGAAACGUCAACUGUAUUCCUAAAGUGAAAUAAAUGUAAAUAUCAAAAUGUUUCAUUGUCAGGAUCAAUUAAGAAAGGAAACCCCAAGAUUGAAAAAUAACCUGUGCAAUGGUCGCAUCGUGGAAUUACUAGAGUUGGGAAAACAUUUAAAAUGUUGCUGGUGUGAAAGAGUUCUUUCUCUUGAAAAUAUUACAAAUGAAACACGAAAGGGCCCUUAUUCAAUUUUAAAUGUUAAAUGUAAUGAAUGUAAUAUUGAAACUAUAGUACCUACGGACAAAGUUCAUGCAACAAAAAGUGAAGUUAAGCAUAAAGAUGUCAACACUAAAGCAGUUCUAGGUAAAUUUAAAAAAAAAUGCAUAAGUAUAAAUAAAUUUCUUGCUGUCAUGAACGUUCCUACGAUAUCAUCUAUACUACAGAAAAUCAUUACUUUUAUUUGUAUUUUUUUAUUACUUCCUCAUACUAGUAAGUUAAAAUUUUAAAUUACUUUAUAUUCAUUUUUUUUGUGUAACUGUAUUUUAUUUUGAAGGCAUUUUUAAAUAAAAUUAUAUUUAUCUUUUGCAUAUUUAUUUAAUUUUGAAGACAUGUUUAAAUACAAUUAAAUUUAAAUUGGUAAAUCAUAUCAACCUUAAGUAUAAACAACGUCCCUUCCCAGAAGGCCUCGAUAAAGUGAUAAACUUGACCUGUCCGCGGCAAUAAAAAGGUUGAGAAGCACUGAUCUAACAGACAUUUGAAUUAGCGGGCGUUGUAAUCACAAUACGCCACUAUGCGUCGACUACUUUAAGAACAUUUUUAUUUUAAAAAUCUAUAUUUCUUUAUCAAAACGGUAAAAAAAUGUAGCGUUUUUUUAGAAAAUUUUAUAACUUCUUGAUUUACAUUAGUUUUUAAAAAAUAUGGUAAGAACCGUUUUCGAGAUAUCUUGAAAUAAAUGCAUACAGCAUGACAAGAGUGUUAAUUAUGCACAUUUUGAUUGUUAAUAUCUCGUUUUACAGACGGUCAAAUUUUUUUAUUUUUUUUUUAGGUACAUAAAAGACACUUUCAUUAACCUCAUAUUUCAAUUUUAUUCAAUUCUUAAAAAAGGCCGUUUUACGAGUGAACUACCUUAACAAAAAUAAGGAAAACAAUUUUUUUUUUCUAAUAUUGAGAGUAAGUACUAUAAAUAUGAAAUGUUUUUAUGAUUUUCAAUCUUUUGCACUAUGAAUACAAAUGAGCAAAGGGACUUAUUUCGUAUUUUGAAAAAACUCUUCUUCUAUUUUUUUUUUCCUGUCAUAAACAAUUUUUACAACCUUCCAAAUAGAAAAUUCAACCCUACCUUAGAAUUUUUGGCUCGUUUUGAAAAUUAUUUUUCAGUUGUUAAUCAGUCUUGCUCGAUUCUACAUCUACUGGUUUACUUUGCAGUCGUGUAAUUUUCUGAAUAAUAAUGUCGUUCUCUUUAAUUUCAAAAAAAAAUUAAAUUAUCUGACGACAAAAAGUGUUUAUUUUGUGAUCAUGGCGAGGCGUUAGUGAAGUGUCCGAAACCUGUUACAUAUUUAAAAUUAAAAAAUGCAACUCUUCGUCGAAACGAUAACGGGACUGUGCGAUUUAAUUUGUUGUUUAAUGAAAAUACUAGUGAACAAUCUUUUUCGUGGCAUCGUGCCGCGUAGGAAGCAUAUUGUUAUAACGUAAAAAAACAACAAACAAAAUUUUGAAAAUUUAUUUAGGUAAUUUUGUUUAUUAUAGUUUGAAUAUUCGGUAAAAAAUUUAAAAUUAUAGCAUUUUAAAUUUUAAGGUAUAUUAUUUAAUUCAAUAAAAUUAGAAUUUUCGUCAAUUUUGGAUUUAAAAAAAUUUAUAACAAUUAAAGGGUUGAAGAUACGAUGAUGGGCGUAAGGACUUUUUUUAUUCGAAAUAUCCUAAAGACGUACGAGUCACGGACAUGUACGAUUUUUCUCCUCAUUUCACGGGUGCAAUCAGCUGUGCUACUUUAACGGCUAGGUAUAUAAUACGGUUUUAAGCUCAAUCUUACUUUAAAAUGUCAAAUUUUGAAAUUGUACGGUUUUCGAACUCACCGAUUGAAUUCGACAGUUAAUACGCUCCAGUUGUAGGUCCGGAGUGAAGAGACGUGUACUGAGAAGUAAGAUAGGUGAUAAAGAGAAGGAUUCUACGGCGAUAUACAUUUUGUUAUCAAUGAAUAAAUGUGUAAGCCAGGUGCGUUUAUAAUAAACAACAUAGAAAUCCUAGUGGAUGUAAGCUCUGUUGCCACAUUCAACUUAACAUUAACUGGAUUUUGGAAUUUAUUGAAAAUUAUUAAUCUAAUUUAGUAAAAUUACAACUAAUUUAGUGUCUUAUUCACUACAACACGACAUUUGUUAGUAGUUACAUCUCCUGUUGUCUCUGAACUAGUCAUUUAGAACAAAAGUGUGAUUAAAAUAUAAUUAUUGAUUACUAUUACCAAGAAAAAACACCCUAAAGAAAAACUAAACAUUCUUACAACGUUGACAAAUUUUAUGGACAAAUAUUUUUUUUUUAACAUAGUUCACGAUGACUACUUUGACACAUAAAAAAUUAUAUGAGCGUAAGAUAUACAGGGUGUUCUGAAAUUAGACGGUCAUAUUUUAAGAGCGUAAUCUACAUCUUAAAAUAGGAGUAAAAGUUCAUAUAAACAUAGGUCCGAAAACAUAUUUCGUUUUCGAGAUACAGGGUGUUACAAGUGAAGUCCUGAUGGCACAUUUUUGUAAAUAUUUUCUAAAAUUUCUUUAGUCACCGGUUUUCAAAGUUAAAAAAAAAUUUCUGAUUUCACAGGCCUACUAAUUAUUGUUUACACUUUCGAAUAAGAUAACAUCAACUUAUCAUGAAAUUUUCAAAUGCUUUUCUCUUGAAAAUGGUGCGUCCUAGCGAGAUGCAACAAAAGUAGCUUUAUUAUAAAGAAAACAUUGGUUUUCCAAAUGUUAUAGUCAAAAAUGUUAAAAACUGUCAACAAAAAAAACUGCAAUUGUACCCUAAGCCCCCCUAAUUUACCCACCUAUUAAGAUGAUCAAAAACUGGGGUUCAGUCCAUUAAAUAGAGCGUAAAAAGAUAAGUAUUUGUACCAAAUUUCGCUUGGUUAUCUUUGAACGUUUAGAAAAUAUUUACAAAAGUGUGUCAUCAGGACUUCACUUUUAACACCCUGUAUCUCGGAAAAGAAACGUUUUCGGACCAAUGUUUAUAUGAACUUUUACUCCUAUUUUAGGAUGUACAUUACACUUUUAAAAUAUGACCGUCUAAUUUCGGGACACCCUGUAUUAAUAACACUGAUGUUUAAUUGUAAAAGAAGAAGAAUUAUCUUUGAACGAAACUGUACCGUACUUUGACACUAAGGUUAUUUAUACGAUUUAAUUUUUUAGUCCAAAUAUUUGAUUUCGUGUAAUUUUUAUAUGUAUAUUCGAUGUAUCAC